AUGGACGCAUUUGAGGCUCGCCUUCAAUUUUUACAAGUAAUCAAAAACCUCCAUAAGACACUGAAUGCUUCGAAAGACAACUCACCGCUUUCUGGCGGAAGCCAGCAACAAAAUGACCCCGUUUCGUUCUACUUGCGACAUUACGAACAUCAUUACGAGGAUUUCCAGCAGUGCAUGCUGGAUUCAGCCGCUAAAAUGGACUCUUUAGAUCGAUUGAACGUGCUAAUAUACUGGAGUCGACUAAUAUCGAUGCUCUGGCCGCGAUGCAUGAAAGACGUUGACGGCGAAUUGAAUAGUGCGGGAAAAGUGGUACACGGCCAUCUUCUGGGCCAGUUAGACGAAAUGGUGUCCCUGGUUCUGCCCGAGGACGACUGGAAGGCAUUGACAAAUCUGAAUGUGUGUGUUGAUAUCGUAAUAUAUCUAAAUCGAUUAUGUGAGGUUUUAGACAGUCCCAGUGAAGAGAAACUUCUGCAGGGACCCAUCAAACAACUUUUAACACCUCAAACAGUGUCCGAAGUGGGCACGGAAAAUCAUCGACAGUUUCUGGAGCUGCCAUGGCUACAGACUGUCAAAAAAGACCAAAACGACUACAAAAAAGCAUUAACAAACUGUUACCAUCUCUUGGUGGAUCGCAAAAAUCAUGCAGCUGCCCUACAGGAGCUGUAUCGUAUUGAGGGCAUAUGUUCGGUGUCACAGGCCGCAAAUUGUAGCACGGUUCUGCAUAGAAUGGAAAACGACCGUGAAAGACAUAAAAAAUCCAAAGAACACCUGUGGUUCACCGAGAGAAACUUCAUUCUGGAUGGCCAAGAGUUUGACUCCAUGUGGAACUCUUGCAGAGGCAUGACCAGGAACGACUACUCGGAGUUACGCGAGCUUAAUAAAAUUGCGCACAACAGCUAUAUGUAUAAUUAA